GCACCUUUCCUGUACCCCCGCAGGAAGCAGCCCCGGCCGGGACCGCGUCUUGGGGCCCCGAGCGUGGCGGGACGCGCCCCGACGGCUGCCGGGCCACCGAGAGCCCGCGGAGCGCACAACCACGCGCGGAGGGAGCCCUGCCAAAGGGAGCGGGUGCCAAACCUGAAUUACCAGCCCAGAGCGUGGCUGUGGAUCCCGGGAGCUCCUGUGAUUUGCGGCAGGUUUUUCAGGUCCCCGCCUGUCAAAUACACACGCAGAUACUUAAGCAGUCAACCAAGGACCUGCGGGGUUCUUGUUUUACACACUUCUGGUCCCUGCCAGCUCCAGCGCCUGGCCCCAUAGCCCUGCCCCAGGAGGAGAUGGCCAUGGAAAAGCCAGUGAUUCCCACUGAGGAGCAGCUGGAGAUCCUGGAAUACCACUUCUGCAAGGUGAAUAAGCAUCCUGACCCCACCACACUGUGCCUCAUCGCUGCUGAGACGGGGCUCUCCGAGGAGCAGACUCUGAAAUGGUUCAAGCAGCGCCUGGCGGAGUGGAGGAAGUCUGAAGGGCUGCCCUCAGAAAGCGGGUCUGUCAGGGACUAGAGGAUGCUGCUCCAAUCCCCUUGCCUCUUAUAAAGGAUGGUGAAGCUCUUCGGAGUGGGUUUCCUUGGGGUUCUUCUGUUGCAAUAGGUUUUGUGAUACAAAGUAAUACUCUGCUAUUUAACAUAAAUCUUAUUUAACAUGUACAUAAGCAGAAAAACCCCACUAUACAUAUAUAUAUAUAUACACACACACACACGUGUGUGUAUACAACUUUUCAUAGCUGAUAACCUGUCUUGUGAUUCCAACCCACUAACAGCAGCUGCACAAGAAAAGGCAAUUUCAUGCCGUUGUCCCAGGCUUGCAGAAAUUUUGCCAUGAUAUAUGUUCAGAUAUAGAAGGAAGAAAUAAAGAUUCCUUUUCCUUACAAUCCCCAGAGGCAAAAUAUGUGUGUGAGCUUUAAGGUGCAGAUCAUCCAGAGAGCAGGGCAUCUGUAAAAACAGGCGUGUUGUUCAAGUGACCUGGUUUGGCUCAACGUGCCUGAAUCAGCUCUGGAUACUGCAAACCAAGUGCCUACACCAUAAUCAGACCAAGCCAAGCACCCCCUGAAUGCCUUUUUUACCUUUAUGUUAAAGGUCACCAAAGAGAAAGAACUCAUGGGUUGUUUUGGGUUUUUUCCCAGUGCAGUAAUAAAACCCCAACAUUUAUUAAUGAGA